ACGAAUAGUCGUUGGGAUUAGGGUUGUGCAUACCCACACACAAAGAUACUCAUUCCAACUGUGACCUUCUGUGAUUUUUGCGGUGACCGCUGCAACAGCGAAGCACGAUGACCCUUCGAGCAACCGCAGAUUCCUUCUACAGGUGCUUUGUGUUCAUGGUGGCCUUUCUCUGAACAUUUGAACGAUUGAUCAGUUUCUUUAUAUAAUCAAUAUCUGGAAAUAUACAAGCAAAGGACAUGGAAAAUCAGCCAAAACAAAACCAGCAAGCAACAAGUUCUGCAUCUCCCAUCCUGAAAAGUGAGGAAGAUCAAGCAGCCAGCACUGCUAUGGGCUGGAAGGAUUCAUUAGAAAAAAAAUAUCUAGAAGUCAAAGAGCACGCGGAAACAUACCCGUAUGUUUGGGCUUCAUAUAUUGUUGUAUAUGGUGGCUUUGGUCUCUGGACUGCCUAUAGAUGGAGAAAGCUUCGUAAGACAGAAGACAGAGUAAGAUCUCUUCAAGAAAGACUACGUAAGCUUGUAGAAGCUGAAGAAUCUUCUAGUUCUACCAAAGUGGUUGAAAAGGGUUCUACAUCUUCUGAUAAGCCUUCCAAGUAGCUUACAGUAUGAAUAAUCCUUCUUGUAGCCAGAUUGUCUAGUUUACUUCUAUCAAUAUCACUUCUGUUACCAUUGUAGUCGCCUAGGGAAUGUUAUAAUUUAAUUAUAUUUGAUCCACAAAUCAACUAAAUCAUUAGAGGAAAUUUUCAAAGUUUUAUUGAGCUUUGUAGAAAUUGUUAAAAAUUAUAUUCUGAUAUUUUUCUUCCUAAAGUUGUGACAAUAUUAUUUGACUGAUUACUGUUUACAGAUAUCUUUAGUUUCAAUAUUGAUUAGAGA